CACAAAGCCACUGCACUGUAAAAGGAUUGCAGGCUGUUAGCUGAUCCCAGCAGCUCAAAAAGCAAUCUUCCACUCCUAACUUCUCCAAACAAGGGGCAGAUACUGCUGAUGAAACAGUGAGAUGGAGAGAAGGACAGAAAUGAUAUCUCCACCGCCUCCUCCAAAACCUGGAAGAAUCAAGCGAGAGACAGCACCAAUGACCAGAGAGAGAAAGCAUAAAGUGGUUAAGACACUGAAACUCCAGGAGCCACAGAAAGGGAAAGAGAGGAUGAAGGGCAAAGAAGCAGGGGAAGAGCACAGUAAUGAAGAAAAAAAGGAAAUGUCAUCUACCGUGAUCAACGUAGACAGUGUGAGACAGAGGACGAAUAGAGAAAGUGAGGAGUUGCUAGGCCUUUUGGAGAGUGAAUGGCAUGAAGAGGCCUUGAAGCCACAGAGCCUUGGAGUUUGUGAGCUGCUUCUCACUAUUGCAGCUCUCGCCACAGUAAUAUUUUUCUUUCCCAUAUCAAUUUGGUUCUGUGUAAAGAUUGUGCGAGAGCAUGAGCGUGCUGUGGUGUUCAGACUUGGACACCUGCUACAAAGAAAAGCCAGAGGACCAGGGCUGCUCUUUUACCUCCCAUUUUUGGAUGUUUGUCAUAAAGUGGACAUUCGGUUAAAGAUGCUGAAGGUCCCAUCUCACUCGGUGGUAACAAAAGACCUGGUAUGUACAGAGGCAAGUGCAGUGUGCUACUAUCGCAUUGAGAACGUGUCUGUGUGUUACUCAUCGCUGGCAGGAGUCCCGGCUGUGCUGCAGGCUCUGGUUCAGGUGUCAGUCAGGGAGGUUCUGGCCCAUCAUACCUUCUCCAGCAUACUGCAGAACAGGAGUGAAGUUGCUCACCAUAUCCAGGUUGCACUGGAUUCCAUUGCCUGCAGGUGGGGAAUUAAAGUGGAGAAAGCUGACAUAGAGGACCUCUGUCUCCCACCCGAGCUUCAGAAAAACUUUGCUCUUGAGGCUGAAGCAAAGAGACAAGCCCAAAUUAAAGUGAUUGCAGCAGAGGGUGAGAAGGCAGCAUGUGAGGCUUUAAAAGCCUCUAUUGACUCGCUGUCAGACUCUCCUCUGGCCAUCCAGCUGCGCCUUCUCCAGCUCCUCCACACACUGCGCUCUGACCAGCCUGCUGUGCUGCUCAGCCUCCCGUCUAACCUCCUCAACCAGCCACUUCAACUGGCAGACACAAGCAACUCCUCGAAUCAAAUCCAACCAACAGGGGAUAUCUCGGAGGAAACGGCUAAAGACUCCCCAAUGAUGUAGUGAAAACUCCAUUUAUCAGAGAUUUAUCAUUAGUAUUAAAAUGUUCCACUACAACAUGUUCUAUAGUUCCUCUGUAAACAGUGUUUACUUGAAAGGACCAACUGAUGGACACUUUAUU